AUGGCAGUGCACUUGAAGUUAUUGAUGCCUGAUGGAUCAUUCUUUGAGCAUAAAUAUGACCAAGAUACUACAGUUGAGCAAAUUACUUCUUCUUUGUUCAGUGAUUGGCCCGAUAGUUUGGGAAAGAGGCCAGAUUCAAAUCACUUGAAACUUAUUUUCCAAGGCCGAUUUUUGCAUGGCACUCUCAAACUGUCAGAAUUGAAACUACCCUCUGAAACGAUUACAAUGCAUUUAAUUCAACAUAAAACGAUGUCAUUGGCGAGGAUAAAUGGUCAACAAAAACGAUUCAAAAGAUGUUGCCCCCUGAAUUGUUUAUGUCUACAUUGA